UUCUACAGCCGCUGUAUACAUCAGCAAUGAAGUUACAAGCAUGUUUAGUUUUCACACUUGUUGCUGCUACACUCGUUGCUGCUACCAGUGUUAGACAAGCAGCUGCUGCUGAUCCCGCAGCACCAACGGACCAUCCCAAUACAGAGGCAGUAGAUACGACUCGUACGAUUCUACCUAUGCCUUCCACAACUAUAUUGCAGAUGCCCAGUUAUGAGACGACAUGUGGUGAGCAAAAACACCUGCGCUGUGAGGAACACUUCCGUGCUAGUGUGGAUUCGGCGAAAAUUUGCUGUAGAUUCGAGGGCGAAUGUGGUGAUACCGGUAUGCCUCGAUGUGGUCAUGCAACUUGUUGCACUGACCAUAGUGGCGAUUCAACGGAUAUUACAAAGUCGAAAGAACUGACAUGCACUUGUGCGGGAGCUGUGGUGAACGGUAAAUGUUACAAAACUGUGCAGGAAGCGAUGGAUGUCGAUGGCUCCGAGAACACCGUAUAUAUUGGCGGUACGAAGACAAUUGUGGAACCAAUCUAUUUUACUAAUCGGGUCAUCACCGUAGCCGGUGUAACUUGCGAUGGCACUCGAGCCAAAAUUGUAGCUGAUUUUGAUUCGAAGACCGAGGCGGCUUUUGAAGCUAGUCGUUGGGACCAAAAAAUGAUCUUCAGCGAUUUAGAUAUAACCGGAGUUGAGGGUAAAUCUAGUGCUGGUAUACAUGGUCGAGGCAACGAAGAGGAUGCUGGGCACCAAAUGGUUGAUCUGACCCUCCUCAAUGUACACAUUUACGACAUGUGGUGCCAACGGACAGGCUGUGGGAUAUUCCUAGGCGGAGCUAAGAAAUUGUAUACGGACGAUGACUGCAUUUUUAGAAAUCUUACGUUGCAAUCAUCAGACCAUAACCUUUAUGCAGGUGGGGCCGCUGUUGGAGUGGUGUAUCUCCCUCGUGGAAACAAUAUUACGCUCCGAGGUACAUUCAAAGACAAUUCAGCGAGUUACGAAGGAGGGUCUGCUCAUAGCAGUGGAGGCGCCGUAUAUCUGGAUUUCGUGGCUGGGGAGGUGCUGCUGAAUGGAAAGUUUGAGAACAAUCAAGCCAAUCAGGGUGGUGCCGUUAAUAUUCAGGGAAAUUUUGGAAACAUCACAUUCGAUGGCCUGUAUAAAUCGAAUAUAGCCAUUGAUGGAGGUUUUGGGGCACGCGCUGGCGCCGUCCGCGUACAAUCUCUCCGCAGUACAAGCUUCACACGCAUGAACGGUGACUUCAUCGGUAACAUUGCCCAGGGUCGCGGUGGUGUACUUGCUACUAACUCCCAUCAAUCAAACUCCCAGCUUAUUUUCGAUGGUCACUACCAUGCUAAUGUUGCUGCCGAGAGGGGUGGUGUGUGGAAUUUCUGGUCCGCCAGUACCGUAUACCGAGGUGAUACUGUAUUAUACAAAACAGCCCAGUUCACAAACAAUGCUGCACACGGCGAUGCCGAUGCCUCAAGUAUCUACUAUGUCAGCGGCAACCCAUCCGCUAAACCUGCUUUACCUAAAAAUCCCAGCGCGAAGUUUGCAGAAAUUGAAUGGAAUGGCACAACUACGGCUGUUUAUGGAAAUACCACUGGAGUAGUCCUUUACACAGAGCAAGAUGUCAAUAACGACAACAAAUGGUUCAAACUCACUGAGAGUAUACGAUAUGCGGGUCAUCUUCCCAGUAUCACAUUUGACGAGUAUGUCUAUGGCAAAAAAAAGGAAAUCGCGACUCAGAGGUACGUGGAGAAAGUGGAAGUCCUUGAAGAAAGAUACGCAACGAAGUUUGAUGCGGCACUUUCCAAAGCAGAGAUUGAUGAGGCUAGGGUGCUCCAGAGAUUCACAAAUGCAACAAUACGCAUUAACGAGCGGUUCGACAAUGCAGACAAGGACUGGCAGGUCAAACUUGAGAACAAGACGGCAAAAAUCAACGAUCGAUUCGAUUCUGCCGCAGCGAAAGCGAACUUGCGUUUUGAGGAAGCGUCCGCGAAAGCUAAUGACAGGUACACCACAAAACUGUCUACCGCAAAUGAACGAUAUGCUUCUUAUGAUCCAACGGCUGAGAAUAAUAAGUACUCCGAGGCUAACGACAAGAUUGCGCAGCGAUAUCAGGAUGCAAUUGGACGUGCCGAGCUCGAGCGUAACAAUGCUACCGAGCGUGCUGAACAACGAUUCGCGGCUGACAUGGAAAAGAUCAACGCUACCUACAUUGCAAAUGAACUUGAAGUCCUGACACGGUACAACGAAAAAUCCCAGGAUGCUACUGAUAAGUUUCUCGAGGAGAAGAAGGUGGCCUUGGCUCGCGCUGAUCCCACGGAAGCUCUGAGUUCCGCGGAAACGAAGAAAGCCAAAAAUAUACAAGCUGCGGAUGAUGAGAAAACGGAUGAUUUGGAACGAUUCAACAAUGUUCGACAAGAAAAGUCCGAAGAAGCUGAGGCUAAGAAAAAGACUGCGUUGGCAGCUGUGGAGGAAAGGUAUCGAGCUGCAGAGGAAGCUGCCAGUGUGAAACGGGAUGAGGAUCUUGUGGCAGUCGAGGUAGAUCUUCAAAGUCGUCAGAGUGUAGCAGAAGAUAAAAGAGAUGCAGCUAUACGCGAGGCUACGCAGAGGCAAACUGAUGACCUUGCUGCGGCGGAGUCGAAACGGGAGGAGUCUUUGGCCGCUGCCGAAUCCAAGAGAGAUUUUGAUUUUGAAGGUUUGGACACGUACGAUGAUGAUAUGGCAGCUGCCAAGCAAAAGUUUGAGGAUGAUCUGGCGAUCGCGGAGCAGAAGAAAAUCGACGAUUUGGCAGUCGUUGACGAUAAAAAUCAAACCAGGAUCGAUGCGGUACAAGCUGUUAAAGAUUUUCAGCAAGCGCAAGCCAAUUUAAUUCGCGAUAAUAUUAUGGCUGGAAAACCAUCGAUGGAGGGUGUGGAUAAGAUUGUUCUGGGCGCCGAAAGGACAGAUGAUGAUGAUUCUGAAAGCGAAAAUUAAACGAUCAAGAAGUUCAGUUAGAAUGAUGCUGGGAAAAUGAUGUUGAUGGUAACAUUGACGCUUAGCGAAUCUUGAAGAUUCCAAUGAAGUGUAAAUCACACAUACUUGAAAACAAACAAUACAAAUGACCAUAUUAACCAAACCGGAAGAUACAGACUAAUAAUAUCGGAACUUGUCCAAACUUACCAAUAUACAAUUAUAUAAUGGUGUACAAAUGUGUAGUUUUAAUGAGCUUCAUUCAUCAGAUUGACUGUAACAUACAGUAGAGAUUUUCUACAAAUUGAAUUAUAGAUUGGUUGGAAUAAAACAGCGAUUUAUGCU